AUGGGGAAAAUUAAGAAAAAAGGUGAAUCGGGUAUUGCCACUAACUACAUUACCAGAAAUCGAGCUGUAAAAAAGCUACAAUUGUCACUUGCUGAUUUUAGGCGACUAUGUAUUCUUAAAGGAAUUUAUCCUAGAGAACCUAAAAAUAAAAAGAAAGCCAAUAGAGGAUCAACAGCACCUACUACAUUUUAUUAUACUAAAGAUAUACAAUAUCUUGCACAUGAGCCCAUUCUUAGAAAACUUAGAGAAAAUAAAAUUUUUCUAAGAAAGUUAAGUAAAGCUUUAGGAAAACGUCAAUUCAGCGUUGCAAAUAAUUUAGAAAAAAACAGACCUGUUUAUACUUUAGAUCAUAUUAUCAAAGAAAGAUAUCCAACAUUCACUGAUGCUUUAAGAGAUCUUGAUGAUGCACUUUGUAUGAUAUUUUUAUUUGGUACCUAUCCUGCUACUGACAAAAUCAAAGUAGAAAUUGUUAGAAAUUGUCAACGUUUAUGCUCAGAAUUUCAGCAGUAUGUAAUAAAAAGCAAAUGUCUUCGUAAAGUUUUUCUUUCAAUCAAAGGGAUUUAUUAUCAAGUAGAAAUUAAAGGACAAACCAUAACUUGGUUGGUUCCUUACCAAUUUAGUCAACGAGUCCCGGAUGAUGUUGAUUUUCGUGUUAUGUUGACAUUUUUAGAGUUUUAUCAGACUUUGGUUAGUUUUGUUAAUUUCAAAUUAUAUUCAGAUACAAAUUCAGUUUAUCCACCAAAAAUAGAUCUUUUAAAAGAUGAAGAAGAUAUUACUACUAAUGAAGAAAUUGAGGCAUUGGAUGAGUUUGUAGAUCAAACCAAAACCAAUUCCAAUUCUCAAAAAGAGAAGAAUGAUGAUGAUACCAAAGUAUUCACAUAUCAAACAGUUUCAGCAGCUAUUACAGAACUACAACAACUUUUUUCCAAAUGUGUAUUCUAUUUAUCUCGUGAAGUACCAAAAUAUUCAUUGGAAUUUAUAAUUAAAGCUUUUGGUGGAAAGGUUGGUUGGGAUAGUAGUAUGGGUAUGGGCUCACCAUAUGAGGAAAAUUAUGAACGUAUCACACAUCAAAUUGUUGAUCGACCAUCUGUUGACAAUUGUUAUCCAACACGUGUAUAUGUUCAACCUCAAUGGGUUUAUGAUUGUUUGGAAAAUUAA